CGAGAGACACAUACACUAAAAAUCCGAAGCCGGCGCCAAGUUCACUCCCUGGAAAUGGCUGGAUAAGGUUGCUUCCGUCUUCUUCUUCUUCCUCCAAUCUUCUUUCUCUUUCUCUCACAACGUGCACGGAUAAUAAGAGAGAGGAAGAGACACAUUCACUGAUAAUUCACAAACCCUAACACGGUCCCAAAUGGCCACGCUUCAAGCUUCUCUUCUCUCUAAACCUUCCCUCCCAUUCCCAUUCUCAUCUUCAUACCCUUCACUUCGCCGCAACACAAUUCUCUCUUUCCACUCCUUCACCUCAUCCCAUCCCCACCUCACGCGCCUCCGCUCCCGCCUCCCCUGCACAUUCCGGCCCGACAACAGCAUUACCUCCUCUUCCGAACCCCAACCUCAAUCCCAAUUAACUAACUCCGAACCAGAUUCCGCCGAACCUGAUGCCGUUGACGCCGGCGAGGUUCCAAAUUCAAAUUCAACGGAGGAAAAGAUUGCAGUUUCGGAUUGGAAUGAGUCAAGUUUGGAACUUAGUUCCGAGAGUGUAGUGUCUGGCAGCGAGAGUGAGGGGAAGGGUACGAAUCUGAAGAAGAAGAAAGAUGAGGAGGGUGUUGGUGUUGGUUCCAGGUUGCCAUUUUUGGUGUUUCUUCUUGGAAUAUGGGUGAAAGUGAGAGAAGCGGUGAGAAGGGCAUUUUCGGAAUUUUUUGAUUGUGCGAAGUUGAUCGCCGAGGCCGAGGCGAACCCGCAGGAUGCCGAGAAGCAGAGUGCUCUGUUUGUUGAGCUCAACAAGCACAGUCCUGAGUCUGUCAUCAAGCGAUUCGAACAAAGGGAUUGUGCUGUAGACAGUAGAGGAGUCGCAGAAUAUCUUCGAGCUCUUGUAAUGACUAAUGCUAUCACCGAAUAUCUUCCAGAUGAGGAAAUUGGAAAGCCUUCUAGUCUUCCUACUCUGUUGCAAGAGUUAAAGCAGCGUGCAUCAGGCAAUGUAGAUGAGACUUUUCUUAGCCCUGGAAUAUCUGAGAAGCAGCCAUUACAUGUGAUAAUGGUUGAUCCAAAAACUUCAAACAAAUCACGUUUUGCUCAAGAGCUCAUUUCGACUAUUUUGUUUACUGUUGCAGUGGGAUUGGUCUGGUUUAUGGGUGCUGCUGCACUUCAAAAAUACAUAGGAAGCUUGGGUGGCAUUGGAACAUCAGGUGUUGGGUCAAGUUCUUCCUAUGCCCCAAAGGAGCUAAACAAAGAAGUUACGCCUGAAAAGAAUGUCAAGACAUUCAAGGAUGUGAAAGGUUGUGAUGAUGCAAAGCAAGAACUUGAGGAGGUUGUGGAGUACUUAAAAAAUCCCACCAAGUUUACACGCCUUGGAGGAAAGCUGCCUAAGGGUAUUCUCUUGACAGGGGCACCAGGAACCGGAAAAACUCUUCUUGCCAAGGCUAUAGCUGGAGAAGCCGGUGUGCCGUUUUUCUAUCGGGCAGGGUCUGAAUUUGAGGAGAUGUUUGUUGGAGUUGGUGCUCGACGUGUAAGAUCUUUGUUUCAAGCAGCUAAGAAAAAGGCUCCUUGUAUCAUUUUCAUUGAUGAAAUUGAUGCUGUUGGAUCAACAAGGAAACAGUGGGAGGGUCAUACUAAGAAGACAUUGCAUCAGUUACUUGUUGAAAUGGAUGGGUUUGAGCAGAAUGAGGGAAUAAUAUUAAUGGCAGCAACAAACUUGCCUGAUAUUCUUGAUCCAGCUUUAACAAGACCCGGUAGAUUUGAUCGCCAUAUUGUUGUACCAAAUCCAGAUGUACGUGGUCGGCAAGAAAUAUUGGAGCUCUACCUACAAGAUAAACCUCUGGCUGAUGAUGUAGAUGUUAAAGCGAUAGCCCGUGGUACCCCAGGAUUCAAUGGGGCAGAUCUUGCAAACCUGGUAAACAUUGCUGCCAUUAAAGCUGCGGUUGAAGGUGCAGAGAAACUAACAGCUGGACAAUUGGAAUUUGCAAAAGACAGAAUAAUCAUGGGUACAGAGAGGAAAACAAUGUUUAUAUCAGAUGAGUCUAAAAAGCUCACUGCUUAUCAUGAGAGUGGCCAUGCAAUCGUCGCCCUUAACACUGAUGGUGCACAUCCUAUCCACAAGGCAACAAUCAUGCCCCGCGGCUCUGCUUUAGGGAUGGUUACACAGCUUCCAUCAAGUGAUGAGACAUCAAUUAGCAAGAAACAGUUGCUAGCUCGCCUUGAUGUAUGUAUGGGAGGAAGAGUUGCAGAAGAGCUUAUAUUUGGUCAUGAUUAUGUCACAACUGGAGCAAGUAGUGAUCUUCACACAGCUACUGAACUUGCCCAAUAUAUGGUUUCAAAUUGUGGGAUGAGUGAUGCAAUUGGACCAAUUCAUAUAAAAGAGCGGCCAAGUUCUGAAAUGCAGUCGCGUAUAGAUGCAGAGGUUGUAAAACUUCUUAGAGAAGCAUAUGAUCGUGUGAAAGCCCUUUUGCGGAAGCAUGAGAAGGCGUUGCAUGCGCUGGCAAAUGCAUUACUCGAGUACGAGACACUGACUUCAGAAGAAAUCCGGCGAAUACUUCUACCAUACCAGGAAGGAAGACUAUCAGAACAACAGGAACAAGAAGCAGCAGAAGGGGACCUUGUACUGGUGUAAUCUUUCUCUCCACUUCCUGUCUGUUACUUCUAACAACAAUAGGGGAAGUUCUGUACAGUAUACCUAGAAUCCAUACAGGUAUUUUUUAUAAUCCAAUUUCUGCAGUGUCCCCCUUCAUUGUGCAUGUUAUGAUUAUCAUAAGAUGCUUAUAGGAAGUAAUUUAUACAUCUUUGGUUAUCUCUGAAGCAACUAGUCGUCCGUCCUGCUCACAAUGACAAUUUCCUUCUGUUGCUGAGAGCAAUAUUUUUUAGAGAGAACUAUGUAUUUGUAGAAAUAUGUUUAUUGAACAUAUUAAGAUUUGUGUUAAUUAGUCUGCACAUUCAUUUCCUUAUCUAAUUGUUUAUUAUGAGACCCAAAGUGUAAUUUUGGCAAGGUUAAUUUGUCAAUUAAAUGGAUAUGAUAGACAAAUAAAAUCAAGUGAUCUAUGCAUUUUCUGAA